AUGUCAUCCAAUAGAAUUAAUGAAAACAUUCAUGAUGCUAUGUUGAACGGUUUGAGUGCGCUCGAUAAAGGACUGACGCCGCUCAGUGGACGAUAUCGUUCGAAAAGUUUGUCCAGUGAUAAGUUGAAUAAGACGAAUGCUGAUCGUGCCGCUAUAUUGGAGGAUGUUGAGGCACAUUACGUGACGGACAGAACAGAGACUCCGGGCUGUUUGGUUAUUAACAAAAUAAUGGAACAAGAAAAGUCUAUGAAUGGAUUCAAAGAUGCUAAAGCCAGCUACGGAACCGAGAACCCGGCGAGGGGUCGGAGGGUCAUCUUCUGUGUCCACGGGAACCCUUCAACGGGAUGCUGCGCCGUCAUAGAGACCAGCGCGGACGGAGAUGAAGUGGCGAGAACGAACAGUAUUACAGAAGAGAGACAUUGUCACAGAUCAAGAAAUGAAGAAAUAGACAAGAGGGCACGAAGAAAACUCAUUAUAGCGAGUGUGUUGUGUGUUAUAUUUAUGAUAGGAGAAAUUGUGGGUGGAUAUCUAUCUAACAGCUUAGCUAUAGCGACGGAUGCAGCUCACCUGCUUACAGACUUCGCAAGCUUCAUGAUAUCACUGUUCUCACUGUGGGUGGCUAGCAGGCCCGCAACAAGACGCAUGCCGUUCGGCUGGUACCGUGCGGAGGUGAUCGGCGCGUUGACCUCGGUCUUACUUAUCUGGGUGGUGACCGGCAUCCUUCUAUACAUGGCCGUCCAACGAGUCAUCUACAAGUCAUUCGAGAUAGACGCCACUGUGAUGCUCAUCACCUCCGCUGUGGGGGUCGCUGUGAACUUAGUUAUGGGUCUGACGCUCCACCAACAUGGACACAGUCACGGAGGAGGGGCGGGACACGGACACAGCCACGGGGGGGCGAACCCCGUACUGAAUAAUAAGGAGCGUGUGGAUUCUGACGCGGAGAGCUCAUCUUCCCACACCCAAGAUCACUCUCACACUCACGGUGAGAACAUCAACGUACGGGCGGCCUUCAUACACGUGCUGGGUGACUUCCUACAGAGCUUCGGUGUACUGGUAGCUGCUAUCGUGAUAUACUUUAAGCCGGAGUGGAGCCUGGUGGACCCUAUCUGCACGUUCCUGUUCUCGGUGCUGGUGCUGCUCACUACAUACAACAUCAUCAAGGACGCGCUGCUGGUACUCAUGGAGGGCUCGCCGAGGGGAGUGGACUUCCAGGACGUUGCCAACACGUUCCUAUCUCUGCCGGGCGUGGUCCGUGUACACAACCUGCGGAUGUGGGCGCUGUCUCUCGACAAGACCGCGCUCGCCGCUCAUCUUGCUAUACGGAGCGGCGUGAGUCCCCAGAAGGUUCUAGAACAGGCGACGCGCCUAGUUCAUGAGAAGUACAACUUCUUCGAGAUGACGCUUCAGAUUGAGGAGUUCAGUGACGUCAUGGAGCAGUGCAGACAAUGUGAGAUGCCCAGCACGUAG